AUGUCCUCCAAUCAUCCAAUCUACUCACUCGCCGAAUCAAGCACCUCAUGGCGAGUCAACAAUGGAGUUGACUCUUCUUUUCAUCCAUCCUGUUCAUCGACUUAUUCACCCUGGAAUGAUCAAGAGAUUGACACAGAGAAUCGAUUACCGUCAACAACUCGUGCAGGCCUUUCUCCUCCAUCAAAAUGGCCGCGAGCUUCCACUCCUCGUCGAAGUCUUUCAACAGCUUCUUUCAACUAUUCAUCUUCUUCCACUUUCAGCCUUCAUUCACCUCCAUUAGUGAAGUCAUCUCUCACCGUCCCAAUGCAAUCACCAUUGCAAAGAACCCCAACGAAUGGUGAAAAGGCUUCUCCAUCAAAUCUCCUCGUCACACCAUCACCAUCUAGAUUGCGACGUAAUGUGAGACGAUCAGCUUCAGCAAUUGCUCGACCUUUAGUUCUUUCAAAUCGAUCUUUUGAUAUUGGAUUACGAGAAAUAAACUUUGACACUCACUCUUCUAUGGAUAAUUAUGAGAUGUGGGAAAAGGUGGAUUGUGAAGAAGAAAAUGGAGAAGAAGAAUUGCCGAUAGAAAUCCCGCGAGAUGAUGUAAUGUUAUCCGGUGGAUUGGCUGCAUCACAAGAAAAA